AUGGAGACUGCCAUGGCCAAGCACCCCCUGUUUGCGGGGAGCGGCCCCCAGGAGCUGGACGCGGCCACUGAGGCGCUGGAGAAGUACCUCAUGACUAAGCUGCACGACAGGACCUUCGGCAUGGCCACCGAGGACACGGAGCGCGACGCGCUGCUGGCUGUGCGCUGCGAGGCGCUGCAGUUUGUGCGGCCCGAGCACCUGGAGAUAGCAGAGGGCGUGGCGCAUGACGGCGCCCUCGGCCAGGCGGCCCACGAGCUCAACCGCAUGAACAACUACAAGGCGCCGCGCGACAAGCUGGUGUGCAUCCUCAACUGCUGCCGCGUCAUCGGGAACAUGCUGCACUCGGGGCCACGCGCGGGCAACGGCGUCGCCGGGGCCGACGACUUCACGCCGAUGCUGAUCCUGGCCGUCAUCCGCGCGCGCCCCAGCAAGCUGGGCUCCAACCUGGGCUACGUGGAGCGCUACCGCCUGAGGUCCAGGAUGGCGGGGGAGGCCGCCUACUACUUUGUGCAGCUGUGCAGCGCGGCCACGUUCAUCGAGAUGGUGGACGCCUCCUCCCUGCACGGCGUCAGCGCCGACGAGUUCCUCGCGCACAUGCUGCAGUCGGGGGCCCUCUCAGACGAGCAGCUGCGCCUCAUGGGCGCAGCAGCAGGGUCGGCGGACGGCGGGCCCAGGACUGCGGCGCCGGCUGGCGUGGCGCAACGGCAGCAGCAGCAGCAGCAGCACGUGCAGAUGAACGCGCUCCCGGUGGCCUUCGUCCCGCCACAGCCGCCGCGGCCACCUGCGCCAUACCCCUAUGGACAGCAGCAGCCCCCGCCCCCACCCCUGCCGUCACAGAAUCGGCCACCGCCGCCACCGCCGCCUCAGCAGCAGCAGCAGCAGGCGUGGGGUGCGCCUUACCAGUACUCACAGCAGCAGCAGCCGCCUCCACCCCCGCCACACCCGCAUCAGCAGCAGCCGCCGCAGCAGUGGGUGCCGUUCCCGCCGCCCAUGUCCCUGGCGCAGCUGGAGGCGCAGGGCCAGCAGCUGCUGGCGGGCGGCAGCACCUCCGCACGCCUGGCGCAGCGUCACCCAUUCUGCUUUGUACCGCUGGAAGCGGUGACACUUGGUGAUGUCGAGAAGCUGCUGAGCAGCUACAAAGAGCUGGUGCUGCGGUACGAGUCACUGGUGGCAGCGCUGGACUGGCACCAGCAGCGGGCUCCUCAGCAGCAGCAGCAGCAGCAGCAGCAGCAGCAGCAGCAGCAGCAACGACAGCAGCAGCAACAGCAGCAAUGGCAGCAGCAGCAGCAGCAGCAGCAAUACACGCGACCACCACCACCACCUCAAUUACUGCAGCCGCAGCAGCCGCAGCAGCCGCAGCAGCAGCAGCAGCAGCAGCAGCAGCAGCAGCAGCAGCAGCAGGUUCUGUCGCCUCUGGCGUCUCCCGGACGUGCGCCCACUGCGCUCCCCGCCUACCCGCCGGUGGCUGCUGCGACCCCCCAAAAGCCCCCGCCGCCCCCCGUGCCGGCGGCCGCGGCGCCUUCCCGGCCGGCACCCGUCCCCGCACCGGCUGCCCGCGCGCCAACGGCUGCGUUGCCGCCGCCACUGGCGGCCACGCCUGCGCCGCUGCCUGACGACGUCCUGGCCCAGCUGAUGGGGGACGCCGAGGACGAACGCGCAGCCGACGACGAGGCGGAGGCGGCUCCCACGACGGCGCCGGAGGAGGACGUGCCCGCGGCUGCGGUGGAAGAGGGUGCGGCGGGCGCGGCAGCAGCAGCGGACCCCGAUGCGGCGGAAACUGGCAAGGGGCCGGCGCCUGAAGAGGCGGUGCCUGCAGCCUCCAACCCUGCUGCGGCCGACGGUGCUGUUGUGGAACCCGAUACAGGUGCCAAGGAAGCUGAUGAGAAGCUGGCGGAGGAGGACAUGUUCUUUGGACUGUCCACGGGGCCCGCAGAGCCAGUGCCCGCGGCGGUCACGGAGGCUGCGCCAGCGGCGGAGUCUAGCCUUCAGGUACCGGAGGCGUCGUCGCUGCAGACGAAGAGCGAGAGCGGCAAGGUGUCUUUGUUGGACAUCUAA